UUGUUACUUCUUCAUACCAGAUAAAGGAACGUUGUGUAAAGUAGCUUUGGGUCAAAUAUACAAGGUCUGAUUUACAUAUACAGAUAGAUUUUCAGUCCUUCUUCCUGGGUGCUACACAGACCAUGUAAAGUUAGCAGUUUGAAUGGUUGGGUUUACGUAAAAUGACACUUCAAUCUGCCUCUAUCAGUUGACUACACCAAGCUGGAAGCUGCAAUGGAAAAUUCUGGCCGAUAGCAUCUAACCUCAGCUUCCCCAUUCUGAACUGAGACAGUUGAGAGAUGAGAUAGCUCAUUGGUCAGCUCGCAGUGAGAUGCAGAACUUUAAGUGCUUGAGACUGGGGAGACUUUAAGGAGCUGCAUAUGAAGACAUUAUUGCAUGUCUGUCUGUUGACUUCAGGCUGGAGUCUGGUCCCCCUGGAGGAUGGGGAACAUGAUGCGAGGCGCUAGUGACAGCAGCAAGGUCAACACUGACAACCCUGACAGUGCUCAGAAGGGUAAGGUCACCCCGAAAAAAUUCAAAACUUAGAAGUGUAUUUGCAAAGUUACUUUAUUUGAAAAAAAAAAAAAAAGGUUAAAUCUUUAUGUGCUGCUAUCAGUUAUAUAGUUUUGCUAUUAAAAAUUAAAAUGAAACAGUGCAAAAUGCUGGUCUGCACAUGUUUUGACAACUGAAGCGUCCCCUCAGUGACCAAAAGUGAGAAAAAACAAAACAAAACACAAGUAGUAAUUUGAAAUUUGUUUUUUAAAAUACUGUGGUCAGUUGUAAAUUUAAUAUUUUUAUUGUUAAAAAAAAAUCAAAGCAUAAGUCACAAAGAGAAAUAACUUUUUUCUGCUCCCAUUUUGACACCUUACACUGGUAAAACAAAGGCUUCAUCCUAUGACAUCACUGGUCAGUUAGGGUCUGGGUUCUGAUGAUGACAUAGUAGUUGUGAUCGACGAUUACCCCUCUUUGGAAAUCAGCGAGCCCAUUUACAAAAUGGGGGAGAAACUCAGAGUCAUUGCACAGGAAGCUUAUUGGUGGAGAGUUCGCUCUAUUGAUACAGGGAAGGAGAACUAUAUACCCAACAGCCAUGUGGUGAGAGUUUACCACGGGUGGCUGUUUGAGGGGGUGGGAAGGCAGAAAGCCGAAGAGCUGCUUCUUCUACCUGGAAAUAGAGUGGGAUCGUUUCUGGUGCGAGAAAGCACCAGCGAGAGAGGUCUGUAUUCGCUCUCGGUGAAGCACAGGGCAGUGAAGCACUAUCGAAUCUUCAGACUGGACAACAGCUGGUACUACAUCUCACCGAAGCUCACUUUCCAAUGUCUUGAAGACAUGAUCAAUCAUUACUCUGAUUCUGCAGAUGGGCUGUGCUGCACGCUCACCACCCCUUGUCUGUCGGGAAAAGCUGAGGCGCCAGAAACAAAUCCUGGGCAGUCACCUGUCGUCAUGCGACACAACUUUGACUGGAAGAGAGUAGACAGGAAACAACUGGUCAGCACAGACAGCCAGAGCGACAACAUGGUGAGCUACGGCGUGAGGAACAGCAUCGCUGCUUAUUUGUCCUUUUCUGGCCAAGAAGACCCUCAGCAGCGAGGCGAUCGCAGGAAGAAGAAAUCCAGAUCUGUGUAUGUGAUUCCAGAAAGCAAUAACGCAAACACUGAGUAUGAGGACGACUUCUAGAGACGGCAGCAGCUUGGUUCAAAUGAAUGAAAAAAUAAUAAUAAUGUUUGAGCAGAGGCCUGCAGAGACUCUCAGAUAUCUACUACAGCUCCCAAACGUCGGCCGAGGAAUCCUCUGGCUCGGCUCCGGCCAGAUUACCUCAAAUCAUGAAAGUGAGUUGAAGUAACAGCACUUUGAAAUC